AUGGCCACAUUUUCCGAUUAUCCGCCAGUGUUCAACUUUGACACCACUGAUGAUUUCCUUCAAACCUUGAGCGAAGGUAUUCCUAACCUUUCGCCUUCCCUGUUUGCAGGAGAAGACAACCAGUCCUUUAGGGGGGGAGCCGGGCUUGAGACCCAGGAGCAAUUGGACCCAAAUAUCGAUUACGUGAACCCUAACAUGAACAAUAACCCAUAUAACAUAAGUAAUAACGAAGUGUCCCCUACAUCUAACGGGUGGGAGCAGCUGUCACAGGUUUAUUUGCCACAACAAUUGCAAAUUCAGCAAGAUCAACAGGUUCAAGAACAGACUUUCCAGCAGCAACAACAGCAGCAACAGCAGCAGCAACAGCCACAACAACAACAACAGAAUUCUAGUGCUUCUGCAUUCGGCAAUGUGGUACAGCCUUUAUUCGACACCAGCUACAUACAGAACGACAGAAAGUCAUCUUCAAUGUCAACCACUAAUUCCACCUCCCACUCACUAACUUCCAACGGACUCUCCCCAGCUUCACAGAAUUCUAUUUCCUCCACACAUACUUCUCCAGAAUAUGUCCACAUAAAGCAAGAGGGCAACCCUGUAGAUGAACUUAAAAUGAACCCCAAGAGCGCUACCAACACCCUGUCAAAAAUCACCAAACCUUCGAAGAAAGACAAGUGUUCCCAUAAUAUGAUUGAGAAGAAAUAUAGAACUAACAUCAACUCCAAGAUUUUGGCCCUUAGAGACGCUGUUCCUUCUUUGAGAAUAGCUACUGGUGACAGUAAGGACAUAUCCAUCACUGAUUUGGAAGGAUUAACUCCAGCAUCUAAGUUGAACAAGGCCAGUGUAUUGACUAAAGCCACAGAAUACAUUAAACAUUUGGAAAAGAAGAAUGACAUCUUGAAGAACCAAAAUCUUGAAUUGCAGAGAAUUAUUCAAGAGGCCAAUGUAGGUUCAGGUGGCCAACAUCAGCAGCAUAUGCAGUAUGAUAACAGAGGAAAUGGUAUGGGUGGUUUUGGUUUCGUUCCGGGAAUGAACGAACAAAGCUACAAUACUACUGUAAACAAUAACGCUCAAUCCUUUUCUGGGGGUAACACUAUGUACAGAUCAAAUCAACAUCAGCAGCUGAUGCAUCAUCAACCUCAGCAAAUUCCUAACCAACUAUCUAGUGGUCAAAAGGUUUUGCUUGGUGGUUUAGCUACGGUUAUGGGAUCUUCCAUGUUUUCUAAUGGGGGAGGGAUGGAUGGUGGUGACUUCAAAGGUUUAUCCAGUUUACCGUUUAUUCCAUACGCUCUUAGUCAUCCUUCUAAGUUGACUUUACAAGCCUGUGGAAUGCUUAAGAACUUGAUAUUGUUUGGAGCUAUAAUCAAUAUUAUUUACCCACUAUUCAUUGCUAAGCACAUGGUGGAUCCUCAAGAUGAAGAAGAAGAUGAAGGAAACAGCAAAGUGAGAAAUGCUUCACUUGUUCAAGUUUGGAGGGAUUACUUCUACAUAAAUUUCGGAUUCCAAUUACCAAAUGUAAUUGACCAAAAGAGAAAAAGCGAAAUCAUCUCUAAGCUCAAUGGUAAGGCGGCUAAGCCAGUAUCUUAUAUUAAGUUGAUAAACGACUAUGUUUACCUUUCCAGUUGUGAGUUAACAUUUGAAAAUUGCUUUCUCAAUAUUUUAGUGGGUAAGAUCUUAAUUAGUAAGUACCCAAUAUUGAGCUCCUUUUUGGAAUAUAAUAUGAGCUUAAAAGCUUCCAUUAUUAUCAACUUGGAAUACAAGGGAGACGAUGUCUACUUGAAUAAAUUGAACCAAUUGAUCCAUGAUUUGGAUGGGGUUGCAGUCUUCGGUUCUGAGGGACUUUUCAAAAGAUUAAUUAAUAUUUUGGAGCACAAUUCUUCCAUCAAUGCUGGAUGUAAUGAUGGUCUGAAUAGAUUAAAAUAUGUUGAAUUGUACCAAGAACAGUUUGAUAACUAUUAUGGCAUUAUAUUUUCUUGGAGAAUUUUGGAGUUGACUCACCAAAUCAAUUUAAAGUAUUUAGAAACUUUAAGUUCAAAGGAUUUGGAAGAUGAAGUUAAAAAUUCCAUUUACCAAGAAAUUGAAAACGAUACCGAAAAGAUCAACAAAUUGUUAAAAUUGAAGAAGAAGCAAAAUGGUGGAGCAGAUAUUUCCAAGAAGUUGACAAAAUAUUUCAACCUUUUCAAAACUGCUAUCAAGCCAGAAGUCUAUGGAUUUGAGUUGAGAAAGCAAGUGCAAAAGGAUGUUGAAAGAUGUUUAGUAAAUUUCAAAUUCGUACAAGGUCACGAAUUAGCUGAUUCUGCGACUUUAUUAUCUCAAGAAGAAGAAAAGGGUGCUGCAUAUGAAGAUAAAGAAGUGGUUGCAAAGGAAAACACCCAUGAAUACGAAAUCACAAGUGAAGGUGAAGGUGAUGAUGAUGAUGAAGUUGAAUUGGAAGAAGAAGAUUACGAAGACGAAGUAGAAGAGGAAUAUACCCAUAAUGAAAACAAGCUCACCAAUCAAAAAUCGUUAAUAUCGUCAUUGAACCUCAUAACCCAAGAUCAAUUUAUCAUACUUACAUCGUCCUUGGUAUUAUAUUACUACCCAACUGAUCCUGAGCAAGCUGAUAAAUUGUUGGGGUACUUCUCAUUCCAAACAGAUGCAAUUGAUAUGUCAUUUUUAUCAUUCACAUUGUUAUUAAAGGUGAUUAUAAAAGUGUCAGAAGACUGCAAUGAGCACAAUGAAGUUUUAGAUCAACUCAUUAGAAUUGUGAAAAUAUGGAUUAAUGAUGAAUCAAGAAAGAAUGUCUUGGAUUUGAGAACGAUAGGCAAUUUAUCGGAUAUAGUCGUGGAAAAGGGUAUGCUAUUAAAUGGGAUUAAAGAGGAUGGUUUAGAAGAUAACUAG